CCUCCGAGUCUCUUAUAAGCAGGGAAAGUUUGACAAGUGUGCCUCAGUUUCUCCAUAGUCGCUUACUUGGAUUUGGUGACUGGUCUUCAGAGGUGACGGAGUAAGUCCCUACAGGGCUCUCCUCUCUUUACUUCUAGCUAGAACUCCCUCAAGAUGGGUGACUGGAGUGCGUUGGGAAGACUCCUUGACAAGGUGCAGACCUACUCCACGGCCGGAGGGAAGGUCUGGCUCUCUGUGCUCUUCAUCUUCCGGAUCCUAGUUCUGGGAACAGCGGUGGAGUCGGCCUGGGGUGACGAGCAGUCGGCUUUCAAGUGCAACACCCAGCAGCCCGGUUGCGAGAACGUCUGCUAUGACAAAUCGUUCCCCAUCUCGCACGUGCGCUUCUGGGUGCUUCAGAUCAUCUUCGUGUCCACGCCUACGCUCCUGUACCUGGCGCACGUGUUCUACCUGAUGCGCAAGGAGGCCAAGCUCAACCUCAAAGAGGAGGUGUUGAAGGCCGUGCAGAACGACGGCGGCGACGUCGAGGUCCACCUGAAGAAGAUCGAGCACAAGAAGUUCAAGCACGGCCUAGAGGAGCACGGCAAGGUGAAGAUGAAAGGCGCCCUGCUGCGCACCUACAUCAUCACCAUCAUUUUCAAGUCCGUCUUCGAGGUGGGCUUCCUGGUCAUCCAGUGGUACCUCUACGGCAUCACCCUGUCGGCCGUGUACACGUGCGAGCGCUCGCCCUGCCCCCAUCGGGUGGACUGCUUCCUCUCUCGGCCCACGGAGAAGACCAUCUUCAUCAUCUUCAUGCUGGUGGUUUCGCUCGUCUCGCUUUUGCUCAACAUCAUAGAGCUUUUCUACGUGCUCUUCAAACGGAUCAAGGACCGCGUGAAAGGCCAACAGAACCAGUACAACACCGGCACCAUGAGCCCUACACCGAAGGAGCUGUCCACUACCAAGUACGCCUACUACAACGGCUGCUCCUCGCCGACCGCGCCGCUCUCGCCCAUGUCGCCCCCGGGCUAUAAACUAGCCACCGGCGAGCGGACCAACUCUUGUCGCAAUUACAACAAGCAGGCCAACGAGCAGAACUGGGCCAACUACAGCGCGGAACAGAACCGCUUGGGCCAGACCGGAAGCACCAUCUCCAAUUCGCACGCUCAGGCCUUCGACUUUCCCGACGACACGCACGAGCACAAGAAACUGACGCCGGGCCACGAGCUGCAGCCGCUGGCGUUGAUAGACGCCCGGCCGUGCAGCCGCGCCAGCAGCCGCAUGAGCAGUCGAGCGAGACCCGACGACCUGGACGUCUAGCCGCGCGACUCGGUGCCGACCGACGCUAAAAGACUUGACGCGGGCGGCGAGACGCGUUCAACUCCUGUGCUGAGGGGGGCGGGAUUUCAUCCGCACUCUAGACUCUAGUCGAUACAGAGACAUAAAAUUACUCACACUGCUGGAGGUACUAUUCAUUAAUAAUGACGUUGAAACUAGCAGAGCUAACAUGCCCUAACAACCCAACCCAACCCAACAGCUGUACGGGGGCACAAGUAGCCGGGGCGCCUCUCGAUUCUGUCCGCCAGAAUAUGCCUUGGUGAUGUGAUUGAUUUUGUUAGCUUGUUCGUAUUGGGUUUAUUAAAAUGCCACACGAUGAUUCCACUUUAACACGUUGCACUCCUACAGUACGUGUAGAUUUGCGUUCUAACCCCCCCUCCCCCGCCCCACGGUUAAACGUCACCCGUUAUCAAAUCCCCGUUGUACAACAGGGUGUUAAUAUUUAUUUAUUCAUAAAAAUUAACAGGAUAUCCACCACUAGAUUAAGAUUGACUACUACUCAAGGUCAUGUCUACAUAAUUAAUACCAUCCAAGUGCAUAUUUAUUGACAAUAAUCCAAAUUUCAGCAAUACGUUCAUCAGCAAAUCCUUUUUUUUUUUUUUUUUUGUUAUUAUUAAUCACAGUGGACUGUCAUUUUCCUGAUAAACUUUGAAUUUAUGUGGUGUCGGUUUUUUUGUUAUUUGAUGAUAUUUGUUGUUUUUUGGGUGGUGGUAUGCAUUGAAAAUGUCUGUGUGGACUGAGCUGCUGCACCAACUGGUACAGCAGCUUGAUUUUCUUUUCCGCAUUUUUACUGAAAUUGUCCUAAUUAGUGUGUGAGAGAAAGGUUUAACUUUUGUUCUCUUUUUUUCUCUUGUCAUUUUUUUUUUUCUUUGUGGAGGGCAGACGGAAUGAAUUAGUUUUGAAUUAGAAUGAGUAGAAUUAAUGUCUUACCUUUGGAGUGAAUGACCUUUUUAACUCAAUGUAAUCAUUGCUGCUUGAGAGAUAGCUGAGUUUUAGUACUGUAAAUCAAGCUAACUAUGUCACAAAUGUGAGGUUUUUUUUUUAGAAGACUGCUUUUUUUAGAGCUGGACUAAUAUUUAGUCAGUUAUAUUAAGAGAUAUAUGCCAGCGUAGCUCCACAACUACCAAACACUAGUAGAUGACAUUUCAUUAUGGACAUUCUUUGUUUUGAUUUUUCAAAUUGUGCAUCAUAGUAUUGGUACUCAUUUGCAGAGGCUCAUGGAUUUUUCAGCUACAAUGGUGUUUGCACUGAGAUUUUGGCUAGGGUGUUAUUUGAUGCAAAAGUGACGAGAAGUUCUCUGUUAUGCACGUAACUAAUUUAUUUUACAACACACUACGAGGCGUAAAAUCACUACACUUUAACAGUGCUCUCACAUAAUCCUUGGGUUUGGGCCGUUGAGUGGCUAAAGGCGAGAUUUUGCAUCUGGUAAAUAGCACAUAUUGGGUUUUAAAUCAGAACAACACUGAUGUAAUGCCAUUCCAUGGGAAUCCGCUGUCGUACAGUGUGCGUGACAGUGGAAAAACCGAGCAAUCAAACAAAAACGGACAUUAAUCAAAUCUGUGAAAAAGCAAUUUAACCAAUAAAGAUUUUUUCUUUGUCAUUUUGUA